GCGACUUUCGAAACCAAUUUUCUAAACUUCCAUCAUCUAAACCAUCUCUGAACAAUUGGAUUCGACUGUCCUAUACCCCCGACGCAGCACCAAUUGCCCGGGUCUCGCCCUGUUCUAUACGGUAUAAGGGAGGAUAGGGGUAUUGACUUCCGUGUAAUGCGCCAUGGGUGGUCAAAGACAGAUCUUGCCCGGUAGGGUCUACCAGACAGUCACGACGUUGAUGAACCAUCGCAUUUUCCCAGGGGUUCAGGUUCAGCAGCCGGUAUGGUACAAGGUGGUCGAGUCGAUACCCCCCUCCGAAAUGCUCACGAGGCCAUUUCCACCUCAACACACUCAACACAAGAAGCAGAACCCCAAGGUACGAAAACCAAGCAGGUUAUUCCAACCGCAAGAAUUGGUAUACGAAGAGGACGAGCUACGGAGGACCUUUUACAAAGAUCACCCCUGGGAACUAGCAAGGCCGAGGAUGAUAAUUGAAAUGGACGGAAGAGAUGCGCAGAGAUAUGACUGGUCUAAGGGAUUAAUACAGCCGGGUAUGCCCUUGUGCGGCGAAUGUGUUGUUCAACGACAGUUAUGGAUGAUGCACAACGUCCCAGGCAUAACAAAAGAUCAAGCAUACGACACAGUGCGGAGGGAGUUUUACGCAUUGCGACAGCAAGAGGAGGUCGAGCGCAGGAUAGCCAAGGAAGAGGCUCAGAUGGUGGGCGCAUAUUUCGGCAAGUCCUACUUACAAGUAGGUAUAGAACUCGAAGAUAGAGAGUAUGAGCAAUGGAAGAAGUGGGCUGGCAAGCAGAUCGAAGCAGUCAAGGCGGAGCGUGAUUCGGCCUACACAAGCUUCGGGGAGGAAGUUGACCCCGAUAAUAUCGACGUAGACGAGCUCGCGGCAGAAACAGAGGAGGCUGUUCCAGUACAGAAGAAAUAGGCCCAGCAGAAUGCCUCAAUUAUUAAAUGUACCACAACUGUACGAAUCCUACAUAUAUAUCACCACUAAGCCCCCUUUAGCCGACUUCACGACUUCCCGAGUCAGUGAAUGGGGUAAUUACAUUACAAGUCCUAU